GGUAGAAGGAGGGUUUAUGGGGGAGAUAGAGCGGUGUGGGAUAUUUUUAGGGUUUUUAUCCCGAGAGAAACGUGAUAAGAUCAUGAGGGAUCUUCCGUCCAGGGUGGUGUUUGGUCAAGUCAAGCUUUUAAUCCACGACACAGAGGGACAAAGCGUUAAAGCACACCUCGCAAGGAUUCUCGACAAACUAGGCAAGGAAGUAACUGCGGACAAUGGGGGAGGAAGACCUCAGUAUGAGGAUAGAAGACCCCGAAUUGAAGGAAGAGAUGUCGGCACAGGCUCGCCUAGGAGGGGGGAGUCGAUCAGAGGCGAUAGCGAUUGGAAGAAAGGAGAAAGAGGAGAUUGGAAAAGGAACGACGGAGAAUGGGGGACCUCUUCCAAAUGGUCCAACAUUAAAGGUAGUCGGUGGAAACCGAAGGAAGAGAUAGAGGUUAGGAGGUAUAAAAGACGAGAGGAGGAGAUGGCGAGGCAGAUAGAGGUUCUGAAGGCGGCGGUAGAGAAGUUACAAAGUAGUAAUCAAAGAAGGGAAGAGACCCCGACUCGAGCCGCUCCCCGAACAGAGAAUCGCGGGGACCCUAGUCCGAAGUGGACUUGGAAUCGUAAGGCCUGUAUCUACUGUGGGGAUGAGGACCACCAAAAGAGAGACUGUCGUGCGAUGAUGGAAGCCCUGACGGAAGACAUCAUCGAGUUAGAUGAUCGGAAGUAUGUGAUGUGGGCAGAUGAAGGAAAGUCAAUGCCCUUCCUACCCUCGAUGAAGAUCAAUGUGGAUAUCAGGAGGCGAAGGAUGAAUGAGGCAAAGAGAAAACAAGCACAAGAGUCAGCGGCAGCGAAGGUUUCCCGAGUGACAUUUGAGGAGGACCUUGAAGGGUUACCGGAAAGUCCUGGGAUGAGGAUUUCAUCUAUUAAGUUUGAGGAUACAGAGGAUAAUGGUGAAGUUUACGUUUGUACUCAGGGUGUUGGCGAAUCGAGUAAAGGAAAGAAAGAAGACCCAGACCAACCAAUGACGGAUGAGCAAGUGGAGUCGCCUAAGUCACCUCAGUCCCCUAGAAAAAGAGGGGCCAAGAAGUUUCACUUGAAAAGUUCACUAGAUGAGGUAGAUUUGAGAGAGCCGUUAAGGAGGGCUAUGGAUAUGCCCAUUCCUAUUACCUUAAAAGAAUUCAUAACCAGCUGUGGACCAGUGCGAGAUGAGCUAAUAGGAAUGAUGAAGAAGGAUAAGGUGCCACUAGCGGAGGCUGCGGCUUCAAGCGAGUCGAAGAUAGAAACGAAGACAUUUGUUCUAGCGGCGGAGAAAGGAGGAAUAGAGCAUGUAGAAACCAAUGAUGGCGGAGGCGAUUAUUUCUAUGUUCUUGGUAGCGGGAAGUUGAACGCCACCGUCAAUGGGAUAAGAAUGGAAAUUAUAGUAGACGACGGGUCAGAGUCUACCGUUUGUGAGAAUAAAGUGGUCCGAAAGCUGGGUCUAGAGGUGGACAGGAGUGUAGCCAUGACCAUGGUAUCAGCCAACAAGCUAAAGCAGCCUGCGCUAGGGGUGUGUCAUAAAGCCAAUGUCAUAGUCGCUGGGGUCGAGGCCACUGUACCUGUAUUUACAGUUGAACACUGCUCGUCGGAGCUAAUCCUUGGACGAACAUGGCUAACACGUGUCAAUGCUACCACCGAGAAUAAGCGUGAUGGGAGCCAGACGGUUACCAUAGACGGGCCCGAGGGAAGCAGAGUCACCCUAAAAACUGUGAAUGGAUUUGACAAACGUCAUAAGAUUUCCCUACAGAACAAGGGACUGUUAAAAACGAGAAGUUGUCAGAUGAUUCCCGAGGAAGUCACUCUUAGACCUCAUAAAGUGAAAGGGGGGAAGAUUGAAGUUGAGGACUUGGAGGGCAAGUACGUGGUCAAUAGAAUGGUUUAUGAGAAGGAGGUUGACAACGACGAGUUCGACAGGUGCGUGAACCUAUCUUUUUUGGAGGAAUUCCCCCACAAGGCGGGGGAAAAAGAUACAAAACAGUAGCACAAAAAGUCAAACCAGCCGCGGUCAGCCGUGAUAGAACCAGGGAGAUAGGAAUCACUGAGGAAUAGA